AAGGUUAUCUCUGAUUUUACUAUUCUUGGAUAUUGUGGUCAUCGCGGAAUUUGCGAUAAAUUCUUUUUCGAGUGCCGGAAAUGGCGUCUUCUGGGGACUUCGGGAAUCCCUUACGGAAGUUCAAGCUCGUGUUCUUGGGUGAACAGAGCGUCGGCAAGACGUCCCUCAUCACGAGGUUCAUGUACGACAGUUUCGACAACACGUAUCAAGCAACGAUCGGAAUAGACUUUCUGUCGAAAACCAUGUACUUGGAAGACCGAACAGUUAGGUUGCAGCUGUGGGACACCGCAGGCCAAGAACGGUUUCGUUCUCUAAUUCCGUCCUACAUUAGAGAUUCCACUGUUGCCGUUGUUGUGUACGAUAUUACGAAUGCCAAUUCAUUCCACCAAACCUCGAAAUGGAUUGAUGAUGUGCGGACAGAGCGGGGUUCCGACGUCAUCAUCAUGCUUGUGGGCAACAAGACGGACUUGUCUGACAAGCGCCAAGUGUCGACUGAGGAGGGUGAGCGGAAAGCGAAGGAGUUGAAUGUCAUGUUCAUUGAAACGUCAGCGAAAGCAGGUUACAACGUGAAACAGCUGUUUCGACGGGUGGCAGCAGCUCUACCGGGGAUGGAGUCGACGGAGAACAAAAAGGACGAGAUGACAGAAAUAAUCCUGAGGGAGCCGCAAGCGGAGCCGGCGCGGGAGUCUGAGAGUCGGUGCAUGUGCUGAAGAGGAAGAAGGAAAAUGCUGCAACGCGUAUAUGGAAGCCAAAGUCAGUUUCCCUACUGGCCAAGUUGCUCGGCCUGAUUGAUUCCGGUCAAUGUUUUCUUCCUUUCUCUGUCUGUCUCUGAUGGCUUGUGUUUUUUCCCUCUUUCUCUUUCCCCCCUCCUUCUCGGAUCACUUUUCCUCAGCGGAUAAGAAAGACUCGCGAAUUUUCUGUGCACUUUGUGGCGGAAAUCCCGUUGUACUGAACAAGUUUCACUGUGAAGGUGAAACACGAGUGAAAAGGGGUCGUCCGCUUCGAGUGCGUGUGCGCAAUUGCGUGCUCGUGUCUGAAGGAUGUGCCAAUGCAUGCGUCGCGUUUUCCGUUGUGCCAGUGUUUCUUGGCUGCUGUUGCUGCAUCCUCUUGAAAAAAUUGAUUGCUUUCUUGGCACGAAUUGAUCUGAUUACGUCUUUAUAGUCGAGUAAGUCUUGGUGUUGUUUCUCUCUCUCUCUCUCUCCCUGUUCGCCGGUGCUGUACGCGUACGUGCUAAGACUUCAAGGGGGGUGGGGUUUCAUUCUUAUCACUUUUUAGGAGGGUGUAUUUGAGUUCACCAAGUCGGACGUUGGAUCUACUGUGGAUCCAGUCUCCAGUGUCUGACGUCGUUAGUGUGAAGCGCUCACUCCUUCUGUUUAACUUGUUCUUGUUUUCUUUUAUUUAUAUUUUAUUUCGUUAUUUGCUGGUUGUGACACACACGUGUUGAUUUUUUUUCAAAGGCUUUCAUAUGGCGGAUUUAUUGGAGAACAAUCGGAGCAAUAAGGGCGUUAAUCAUCGCUUAACGUUUCUUUCAUUUUUUGUCACGGUUGAUCAGCUUACCGUAUCUCCUUCUCUCUAUCCGUCUUUUGUUUCGAUCAUGAGUGAAUGAAAUAACGCGUUGAUUUAUGAGGAAUUCUGAGCCAGAAAGCGACGUGUCACUGCGAGAGUGGAUCGGAUGGCGAUUGAAUUUGGGAGAGGAACUGGAAUUGAAAUGCAUAUAUUUUGAGUUGGUGUUCGUGUCAAGAA